UUCCUUUAAAGCUUUCACUUUGACCUUUGAAAAUAUUGACUUUCCCCAUUCUUCCACCGUUUUGAGUUUGACUUUACCCCAAUUCCUUCAACCUUAUAUAAACCCGCCCCAACUUCCCCUGUUUUUCAUCAAGUCUCCCCUGUUCCCACCAAAACAAAAGAUUCAAACUUUUCCCGGCAAAAACCCUCCAAACCAUGAGCAGCGACAGCGCGGCCGAUGGUGGGGAAGAUGAAAGGAAGUACAAAGGAGUCCGGCGCCGGAAAUGGGGGAAAAGGGUGUUGGAGAUUCGGGUCCCCGGUUCCCAGGAACGGCUCUGGCUCGGGUCGUACUCUUCCCCUGAAGCUGCGGCGGUGGCUCACGACAUUGCCUCGUACUGCCUCCGUGGAUGUUCGUCUCAAAAGGGAUUCAAUUUCCCGCUGACAUCACUGCCGGCGAGCGUCCGGCCGGACAUGUCGCCGAAGUUUGUUCAGAUGGCGGCGUCGGAUGCAGGGAUGGCCGUGGAUGCGCAGAUGAUACUGCGGAAUUCGUCAUCCCCGCCGCGGCCCGCCCUGGAGACGUCGUCAGCGAUGUCCUGGGGCGGCCGUGGCCGGAGUUGGGAAGGGGACGGAAUGGGAGCCGGAAGUUCGGCCGGAGGCGAUGGACUGAAUUUAUCGGUGGAAGACUAUUUCUGAUAAUUUCUUUUUUAUUUUUUAUAAUUUUUUUUAUAAUGAUGUGUAAUUUCUAAAAAUUUAAUUUAAUUUUUAAAUUAUUUUUUAUUUGUCACGUCACACAUUUAACGGUCAACUGUCAGAGUUGACCGCCACGUCAGUCAAAGUUAACGGAGGUUAACGGAGAGUGACCGAACUUGAACUGUUCAACUAAUUUGAGUGGCAAACGUGAAAUUUUAUAGCAAUUCGAGUGACCAAACUUGCAAUUAAGCCCAUAAUCUUACCAAAUGAAAUUCAUAUGUUACAUUCUAUCAGAAGGUAAUCAUUCAAAGCUUUGAUCCAUUCAUUCUUUCACGAGAAUCUUUUGAUCCAUAGGAAAAGAUUCAUUGGUUCGAACGGAAUCUUGCAGGCAAUUGGAUGAGUGGGUUCGGGAUAUUUUGUGGAUUCACUUACGUGAUAAGAUUAUCGACCUUGGUGGUGGAGGCCCACAUGUGGGCCCAACGGGUCGAUAAAGUCUCUUGAAUUAUUGAACGUCAUUUUUCAUGAUACGUGUUGAUUAUAGCGACCAGCCCAUUUGGCCUCACUUGGACGGUCGUAGUCAGGAUCGGGUUAGUGAAUGAAUGAUUUUGACAAGUAACGCCCUGCAUUUCAGAUUUCAAGCACAUAGGCUUACAACUUAGUAUCGUGGGCUGGAGUUUAAACAAAUGGGCUUGGGCUAAAAAUAUUGACGACAACUAGACUCAUAUUUUGGGCCACUAGGUUGGGCUUUGCGUUGGCGAAAUUCGAACGGCGGAUGACAGCAAAAGAGCUGAAUCAGACGAGUUGGAGGUGGACCGGUUGUUACGGGCUUAGUAGAUUUCAGCCCGAGGCGGGGAAGGCUGGAAGAAAAGCCCAAAAGAUUAACCAGCACGCAUUCUUAAACCCAAAUUCUUUGAUCAGCCUCCACGUAUUGUCUCUCGAGUUCAGUCAUUACAUGUACGAAUUGUUUAGAGCUUUGGAUACAAUUUCAUCCAUGGUCGAUGUUCUGCUUUCAUAAAUGGACAUUAUGGUUUCCCCUCUCCCAUUUAGAAGGGUUAUAAAGCAACAACUUCCAAUGAUUUGAGUUGUUGGGAAAGGUUCAUGUACGAUACUUAAUUACUUCCUUACACACUCUCCAAAACGAAAGUCAACGUAUGUGAUUGAAGCUUGCAUAAACUCGUCAUAUUAUGUGCUUUAGACUUUAAGCCAAUGAUUAAUAUUGGAGGUCGUGAGGAUUUGAACAUGUGAAAUCAAUGACAACUGAGCUCUGAUAUCAUGUUAUAAACCAUGUUGGUCCCAAUAAAUCGAAAUGUACGAAGAUAUCCAUGUAUGAUACUUAAGAACUUUCUUACAAGAAGUACGGUUCGAUAACCCACCCUCAACGUCCAAAUUAUAUUUAGAAAAUAGAAAUACACGUAAAACGUGUAAUAAGUGUGAUAAAUAUAACACUUUGUAAGUUUGUAACCCCUAACUUGAUUUCUAGGGUUCAAAUUGCUGGAACUUCAUCGUUUGACCUCUCCUCGUUCAAAUUUCUAACUCCACCACCAAACACAUAGUACGAGAUCAUGGGAAAUGUCAACUCCCUUUCCCCUGUAGAUUCUCAUCUCUCACCUCAUCUAAGAUGCCAACAAGGACUUAUUAGUAGUUUUACCGUUGGUCUCCAAUUUAAAGAUUUGAGGUUCAAAUCCCUUAAUUAACACCUACCAAUAAAAACUAAACCAAUAUCACCAUAUAAGAAAAAUCACCUUUCAGCUACCAUUAACAAGUCGACCCUAAUUAAAAAAAAAAAUAUAUACACCAAAUGAAAGCGACAUACAACAAAUGGUCUGAAUUAUGUGUACAAUGAAGCACCUAAGGUAGUGCUGGAGGUCUCUAUCAGUACCUAAAAAGCCCGCGCAAUUGUCUUGCUUAUCGACUUAAUUAUUAUUAUUAUUCCCAAUUUAAAGGCACAAACUUAACUAAUAAUAUGCUUUCCUAGUU